GCCGGUCCCUUCCAAGGCCCUCAGCGCCCGGCGGCUGCUGUCAGAGCCCGGGGUCGGUGGCGGUCGCUCCCCACACGCCCUGGUGCGCAGACACCCCGGCGCUCCAGGGCGCUCCCCCCACGGUGGGGGUGGGGCAGCGACCCAAGAGCUGUCUCACCGGGUGGGCAGCCGAGGCGCAGGAAAGAAACUUUUCCCUGCUGGCCCGCCCUUGGUCCUCCAGCCCUCUGCUCCCUUUCCGGUGGCACCUGCACCUGAGGCCAGGAGCCAGGUCAGGGCCGACUUUGGGGACCCGCGAGGAAGGGAAUACAGGGUGCGUGCACUGGGGUUCCGUUUUCCCCUGGCCUCCUUGCUGUCAGUGGCUGGGGUUCCAACGACCGCCACCAGCACCCUGUCUCCCACCAGCGGGUGGCUGGACGCUGGACUGACACAUACUGCUAGUGAGGGUGUGACCCGGGGAGGGGGCCCCAGCGCCGCGACUGCCCCCACAAACACACACCCAAACACACACACACACACACACACACACACACACACACACACACACACACACACGUACAUACACACCACGCUCUGUCGCCAGUGCUGUCACCGGCCACCCCAGCCCAGGGAGGGGGCGCGGAGAGCCGCGCUUCCCCGCUGCGGGCGCGGAAUCCUACCGCGGGACUGGCGGGUUCCGGGAACCUCCGCAGUCACCGCGGGGCGAACCAGCAGCCCGGGAGACCCGCCGGCCCCAGGCCCAGCUGCCACUGCUGGGGGCCGGCGGGUGCUCGCAGCCCCUCGGCGCGAUUUGGUGCCGCCAGCUAGCUGCCUCCAGCAGGAUAACUGCACUGCCGCUCUAUUGCUCUACCCACCGUCAGUAGGGCGACUGCUGGGGUUGCUACCCUCUCCAUCCUCAUCGCUGAUCAGCCGGUAUUGGACUUGCUGGUGGCUGCAGCAGCGGCGGAGGCGGCGGGAGUCUCGCUGCCCUCCCUCCUCCCCAGCUUCCCUACCAUGUCCUAGAAAAGUGUAUAAAGGAGCUUUAUUAUGGGAGCGAGCUUAACAGCAAGGAAACGAGCCAUGCUCCUGCGUAGAAGUGGACCCCAAGGAGAGGUUGCCCAGCUAUGGAAACCAAAGGCUACCACAGUCUCCCUGAAGGUCUAGAUAUGGAAGGACGCUGGAGUCAGGUUUCUCAGACGGUAGAGCGUUCUUCUCUUGGACCUGCGGAAAGGACCGAUGAGGACAACUACAUGGAGAUUGUCAACGUCAGCUGUGUUUCCGGUGCUAUUCCAAACAACAGUACUCAAGGAAGCAGCAAAGAAAAACACGAACUACUCCCAUGCCUUCAGCAAGACAGUAGUCGGUCUGGGAUUUUACCAUCUGAUAUUAAAACCGAGCUGGAAUCCAAGGAACUUUCAGCCACUGUGGCUGAGUCCAUGGGCUUAUACAUGGAUUCUGUGAGAGAUGCCGACUACCCCUACGAUCAGCAGAACCAACAAGGAAGCAUGAGCCCAGCAAAGAUUUAUCAAAACAUGGAGCACCUGGUGAAGUUUUAUAAAGAGAAUGGCCAUCGGCCCUCCACGUUAAGUGGUAUGAGCAGGCCCUUGAGGUCAUUCAUGCCCGACUCCGGAGGCUCCGUGAAUGGUGGGGUCAUGCGUGCCAUUGUUAAGAGCCCAAUCAUCUGUCAUGAGAAGAGCCCCUCUGUUUGCAGCCCGCUGAACAUGCCGUCUUCGGUAUGCAGCCCUGCGGGCAUCAACUCCAUGUCCUCCUCCACAGCCAGCUUUGGCGGUUUCCCAGUGCACAGCCCCAUCACUCAAGGAACCCCUCUGACAUGCUCCCCCAAUGUUGAAAACCGAAGCUCGCGGUCGCACAGCCCAGCACAUGCUAGCAACGUGGGCUCCCCUCUUUCAAGUCCAUUAAGCAGCAUGAAAUCCCCAAUUUCCAGCCCCCCGAGUCACUGCAGUGUAAAAUCUCCGGUCUCCAGUCCUAAUAAUGUCACCCUGCGCUCCUCUGUGUCCAGCCCGGCAAAUCUUAACAACUCAAGGUGCUCCGUUUCCAGCCCUUCCAACACCAACAACAGAUCCACACUCUCCAGCCCGACAGCCAGCACUGUGGGGUCCAUCUGCAGCCCGAUCAGCAAUGCCUUCAGCUACACCACUUCAGGCGCUGCUGCUGGAGCCAGUGCCAUCCAGGAUGCGGUUCCCAGUCCAGAUACCCAUGAGAAAGGUGCUCAUGACGUUCCUUUCCCUAAGACAGAGGAAGUUGAGAAGGCCAUCUCCAAUGGUGUGACUGGCCAGCUGAACAUUGUCCAGUACAUAAAACCAGAACCAGAUGGGGCUUUCAGCAGCUCCUGCCUAGGAGGAAACAGCAAAAUCAACCCCAGUUCUCCAUUCUCUGUACCAAUAAAGCAAGAAUCAGCCAAGCACUCAUGUUCAGGCGCCCCUUUUAAAGGGAACCCCGCGGUCAACCCAUUUCCAUUCAUGGAUGGCUCAUAUUUUUCCUUUAUGGAUGAUAAAGACUAUUAUUCUCUAUCAGGAAUUUUAGGACCACCCGUGCCCGGUUUUGACGGUAGCUGUGAAGGCAGUGCAUUCCCACUGGGGAUUAAGCAAGAACCAGAUGAUGGGAGCUAUUACCCCGAGGCCAGCAUCCCAUCGUCUGCCAUCGUUGGUGUGAAUUCGGGUGGACAGUCCUUUCACUACCGGAUUGGUGCUCAAGGUACAAUAUCUUUAUCACGGUCACCUAGAGACCAAUCUUUCCAACACUUGAGUUCCUUUCCACCCGUCAAUACAUUAGUGGAGUCAUGGAAACCACACGGUGACCUGUCAUCUAGGAGAAGUGAUGGAUAUCCAGUCCUAGAGUACAUUCCAGAAAAUGUGUCAAACUCUGCUUUGCGAAGUGUAUCUACUGGAUCCUCAAGACCUUCCAAAAUCUGCUUGGUGUGUGGGGAUGAGGCCUCUGGAUGUCACUAUGGGGUAGUGACCUGUGGCAGCUGCAAAGUCUUCUUCAAAAGAGCCGUGGAAGGUAAAUGUUCAUGGCAACACAACUAUUUAUGUGCUGGAAGGAACGAUUGCAUCAUUGAUAAGAUUCGGCGGAAGAACUGUCCUGCCUGCAGACUCCAGAAAUGUCUUCAAGCUGGUAUGAACUUAGGAGCUCGAAAGUCAAAGAAGCUGGGGAAGUUAAAAGGCCUUCACGAGGAGCAGCCACAGCAGCCCCCGCCACCGCCUCCACAGAGCCCGGAAGAGGGGACCACAUACAUCGCUCCUAGCAAGGAGCCAUCCGUGAACUCCGCACUGGUCCCGCAGCUCUCCUCCAUCACGCGUGCACUCACGCCAUCCCCGGCCAUGAUCCUGGAGAACAUUGAGCCGGAGACCGUGUACGCCGGCUACGACAACUCCAAGCCUGACACUGCAGAGAACCUGCUCUCCACGCUCAACCGCCUGGCAGGCAAACAGAUGAUCCAGGUCGUGAAGUGGGCCAAGGUACUUCCAGGAUUUAAAAACUUGCCUCUUGAGGACCAAAUUACCCUCAUCCAGUAUUCUUGGAUGUGUCUAUCAUCGUUUGCCUUGAGCUGGAGAUCGUACAAACAUACGAACAGCCAAUUUCUCUAUUUUGCACCAGACCUAGUCUUUAAUGAAGAGAAGAUGCACCAGUCUGCCAUGUAUGAGCUGUGCCAGGGGAUGCGCCAGAUCAGCCUUCAGUUCGUGCGGCUGCAGCUGACCUUUGAGGAGUACUCCAUAAUGAAGGUUUUGCUGCUACUAAGCACAGUUCCAAAAGAUGGCCUCAAAGCCCAAGCUGCAUUUGAAGAGAUGAGGACAAAUUACAUCAAAGAACUGAGAAAAAUGGUCACCAAGUGUCCCAACAGCUCUGGGCAGAGCUGGCAGAGGUUCUACCAACUGACCAAGCUUCUAGACUCCAUGCAUGAUCUGGUGAGCGACCUGCUGGAAUUCUGCUUCUAUACCUUCCGGGAGUCCCAGGCUCUGAAGGUGGAGUUUCCCGCCAUGCUGGUGGAGAUCAUCACUGACCAGCUGCCAAAGGUGGAGUCCGGGAACGCCACGCCCCUUUACUUUCACAGGAAGUGAGGAGGACGUCAGCCAGGAAGAACUUUGCCUUAAGUCUCCCCGCAUUGUUCUGCACCGACGAAGGACCGAGAACUCGCAGUUGGAACAUGUGGUGGUUGAUUCGCACUUGUUCAGCAGUUUCUCAAGUUUAAAAUCACAUCAAGGGUCUGGAGCCGGGAAAGCCAUGAGACGUGGAUUUGGCAAGGCCUGAGCUGGCUAAAAAGGACUCUUCCCUCUCCACUCCCAGCGCUUAGAAAACACGUUCCCGUUCCUCUGGAUGAAAAGCCAUAUCUAGUCAAUAACUCUGAUUUUGAUAUUUUAACAGAUGGAAGUUUUAACUAUGCCAUGUAGUUUCUGGUAUCUCCCGCUUGUUUUCAAAGGGUUCGAGGACUAGAGAACUUUUUAAGCUUACCCUUGGUUUGCACAUAAAACGUCUAGUCAAUAUGGGGCAUUAAUAUUCUUUUGUUAUUUAAAAAUACAAAAAACAAAAAAUACAUACAGAUUCCUGAUGUGUAAUAACAGAACACGUGGCGUGGAACUGCGGCCUUCCGGGGCACGUUUUUUCUGCAUCGCUGGCAUACACACUCGUUAGCGUCCAUUUAUUAUUUAAUUAGAAUGGAUAAGAUGUUAAAUGCCUUGGUUUCAAUUUCUAGUAUCUAUUGUGUUGGCUUUACAAAUAAUUUUUGCAGUCUUUUGCUGUGCUGUACAUUACUGUAUGUAUAAAUCGUGAAGGACCUGAAAUAAGGUGUAAGGAACUUUUGUAAAUGAGACACAUACAAAAAAAUCUUUAAUGGUUAAUAGGAUGAAUGGGAAAGUAUUUUUGAAAGAAUUCUAUUUUGCUGGAGACUAUUUAAGUACUAUCUUUGUCUAAACAAGGUAAAACUUUUUUUUGUAACGUGAGAUGCUCUGCAUGCGUACUGAACCGUUUACAGUGUAUUUAAGAAAGGGAAAGCUGUGCCUUUUUUUAGCUUCAUAUCUAAUUUACCAUUUUACAGUCUCUGUUGUAAAUAACCACACUUAAACCUCUUUGGUUGUCUCUAAGCCUUUCUACUUUUUCUGUAGUAUCUGUUUUGUUCUUGGUCUCCCGGGUGGGGUGUUGGGAGACUCCAGCGCCCUGUUCUGGCUUCUGCUUCUUCCUGCUUCCAUCGGGGAUCACACUGCAGUGUCUGCAGCUCCUGGCAGGUGUCACUUGACAGGGCCCACUGGACCGAGGUCCUGGGAGUGCUGUCUUCCCCCAUUUCCACGAGAAGCAGAACCCACUCUUAGAAGAGGAGACUUCAAACUCAGCUCAGAGAGCACAAUUAUUCCAUAUCAGAAAAUCCAAGUUUCUCCUCUGGGGGAAAAAUUCCAUGCACUCUCCGCAUUUGUCAAAGAUCAGAAGUCACCUCUGGCCUUGGACAGGGUUCUUUACUCCUGGAGCUGGUCAUGGGAACAGCAAUCAUAGCAGGAGGUACUGGGGCAAUCCAUCUGGGUAAGAGUCAAUCAGAAGGGCGUGGAGACCCGCAGAUCACUAGAAGGUUUUUAGAUUUUUUUUUUAAGGUAGGUUUUAAAAAUGAAAAUUUUAUACACAAACAGUUUUGGAGGAAAAAAACCACAAAAACACUACAGAUCAUAUAAGCAAGACAGUGACACUAAAAUUUUAAUUCAUUAAUCUGUCCAAUACUGAUGCAAUUUAUGGCUUUUCUUCUGCCCCAAAUCACGAACAUGUGUAUCUCUGGGGAACUACAAUAUGAUUGCACUAAAUAAUCUUUAAAUAGAGGCCAAAUUAAUCUUUCAAAUGUAGUGAUGACUCUCAUCUGUACUCAGUGAAAUCACACAAAUUCCCAAAACCUAAAAUUCGUAGCUCAAGCAGAAGGCCAGGACAAGGCUCAGGUGGGUCAGCACUUUCCCACAGGGUUCACCAUGCAGGCAACAUUACCUUGUCUUUCAAAAGAUGCCUGCCUUCUGCAAGGGGAAACCUAGGAAGGCUGAACUCAGAGGGAGGGGCUUUCUUACAUAAUUUGCGAUUUCCAGAAUUUAAUUUAUAGGCAGAUCUUUAAAUGCAGCCAGCUUACAGCACAGCAAUAUGAAAGCCACGCCUCGAAGGUGAUGAACACACACUAUGCAGACAAGGUGUCUGGGGGAGGAGUUGAGUUAACGCUUUAUGAUUGGGAUUCCAUCCUAGCCAGGACUGUGGAGAACAUCUGCUUUUUGUAUUAACGAAGUUACUGGCUCCUCAUGUGUCUCCAGGUAACUCUGCUUAACUAAACAGCGAAGCCAUAUUCUCUAAAUUCACUGUUGAAUGCCUGUCCCAGGCCAAACUGUCUGUCUGCUCUUAUUUUUGUACCAUAUUGCUCUUAAAAAUCUUGGUUUGGUACAAUUCAUAAUUCACCAAAACUUCUUCAUAUAAUUAAAACACUAAAUUAGUUUAAAAUGAAGCAAUUUAUAUCUUUAUGCAAAAACAUGUCUGUCUUUGCAAAGGACUGUAAGCAGAUUACAAUAAAUCCUUUACUUAAAUCA